AAACCAUGUGGGCUACAAGCUACAAGUAUAGAUUCUGCUUCUAUAGGUAUACUAUUGUCAUAGAUAUUUCAAGUCUCAAGUUUACAGGUAGUUUCAGAUAACCAUAUUGUGUUGAAAUUUUGUUGUGUUAUUAUUUAAAAAAUAUUUUAAGUGUAAAUUAUUAGUUAGUUGUUAUGAAUAAAAAAUUUUAAUCGAACGUUGAUUAUUAUUAUAAUUACUCUUGUAUAUAUCUUAGGAGCGAAUAUUUUCACCAUCGUAAAUAUUAACCUCAAAAAAUUGAAAAAUUUUUUUAUUUUCAAAAGUACAAAAAAUGAUUUUAUAAUUGAGUAAUCUAAUUUUAUUCUCUAAUAAAUUCAUAUUUGUCUAUGAGUAUGAAUUAUCUCAAUAAAUAUGAAAAAUAUCAAUAUAUUCAAGAAUACGAGUCUUGCCUCAAUACAUCUUCUAACUAUGAAAAAAUCAUUAAAAUUGGACAGGGUACAUAUGGAGAAGUAUUUAAAGCGAGACAUCGACAAAACAAUAAAUUUGUUGCAAUGAAAAAAAUAUUAAUGCACAACCUGGGAGACAAUGGGUUUCCCAUCAGUUCCUUGAGAGAAACGAAAAUUUUAAGACUGCUCAAACAUGAGAACAUCAUUAAUUUAAUUGAAAUUUGUAAAUCAAAAGCAACAGAUGGAAAAUACCCUUCGACGUUUUACCUUAUAUUCGAUUUCUGUGAGCAUGAUCUCAAUGGCUUACUAUCAAACAAGGCUGUCAAAUUUAGUUUGCCCGAAAUAAAAACAUUUAUUAAACAGUUAUUAAGUGGUAUUUAUUACAUUCACGUUAAUAAAAUAUUACAUAGAGAUAUAAAACCGUCCAAUAUACUCAUUACAAAAAAUGGAAUUUUAAAAAUAGCUGAUUUCGGUUUGGCAAGACCAUUUAGUGAUAAAAAAUCUGGAAACCUUGGUAAGGAGCAAGUAGUAACAUUAUGGUAUAGAGCACCUGAACUACUUCUUGGAGAUGAAAAUUAUGGACCGCCUAUUGAUCUAUGGGCAAUCGGAUGUAUAAUGGCUGAAAUGUGGAAACGGGUUCCAAUAAUGCGAGGUCAAUCGGAACAGCAUCAGCUUUUUUUAAUAACAAAUUUAUGCGGUUCCAUUACACCAAGUGUGUGGGAAGAUGUAAAAGAGCUUAGGUUAUUUAACACAAUGCAACUACCUCAAAGGAAAAAACGAAGAGUGAAAGACGAACUAAAAAAUUACAUCGACAACCCGUAUGCAUUAGAUCUUAUAGAUAAUCUUCUUACUAUUGAUCCGAAUAAACGAUUGGAUGCAGAUACAUCUUUAAAUCACGACUUUUUUUGGACAGAUCCAAUGCCAUGUGAUUUAUCGAACAAAUUGCUUCAACUUAAUCACAGUAUGUUUGAAUACACUAUGGCUUCUCAACGAUUACAAAACAAAACUAAUGUUCCUGUUGCGCCUCCGGUAAAUAACGAAUACCAAGAUCGCAUUUUCUAAAUAACUUGUAAUAUAAUUGACUGAAAGCAUUAAUGCAUUUAUAUAUUUUUUACAAAAAAUUUUCUUCAAUAAAUAAGAUAAAUAAAUUUAAUGUUAUUAACAUUUUUAUUUUGUAAAUUCUCAAAAAUAAACAUCUUAAAAAAUUAUAAA